AUGGUGUAUCACAACUGCCCCGAAUAUCCCUAUCCUCAAUUUCACGCUUUCCCUUGGCCUUCUCAGGCCCCUCCAGCCCUGCGCCGUUUACAAGAACUCGCAAACCCGUCGGCGCAAUAUUCAGGCCCGAAUCACCAACAGCAAUGUGUAGCUCAAUUUCCCUCGUUUUAUGACAGCCACGGCCAGAUGCUCCCGAGGCAUAUGCGCAGCAAAAGCGCCGGCGUUCCUCAGCAUAACGGACACAGUCCGGAUGUGAACUGGAGACCGCCCUGCAUCCCUGCAGGUACUGGCUUGGAGAAUGCUACCAACAACGGAUCAAAGUCAAGAGAAGAGCGACUUCGCGAGAACUUGGAACAACUGCGCCGUUCUAAUGAAGCUGCGUAUUAUAUUCGCCCUCCCGCCGACGCUAUCGAAAGCUCUUCCAGUCAUGAGGAUGAACACACCACGACAGAAGCUGGAGCUUCACCUGUCGACAGCCCUCAGCUCAUAUUCCCGAAUCCAGAGGACGCGUAUCCUGCCUAUAGGAAAGGCAGCAGGUCCGCACCUCAAUCCCUCGCAGAUCUGGAUGACACACCUAGGCAAUGUAAGAGUUGUCUAGGGCGGCCCAAUUGGGUCUGCGAGCACACAUUAAUUUUAGCUCAGGAAUUAGAAGCUCUUGAAAUUUCUGCCGAGGCCAAGAAAGGCAGCGCCGCAGCCUCGCCUGUACCAGCAAGUCAGCCGACCCAGAAUCCCAAUCCUACCCUCCCGGAGACACCGACACAGCCCACAGAGACAGCUCAGACCUCGCAGUCUACGCCAACAGCGCCCGUGUCAACAACGACAACAAGAGCUACAAGGGCCCCCGUACAGCGCACCUGGAGUCAAGUGUUAUUCGCGCAACCGGGGCGCCCGGCGAGCCUUCCAAGCGCGAAGCCCAAAUCCGAGAGCAGCGCUAUCGACGAGACGGAUUGGCCGUCUCUCGGGUACUCUGCCAGUCAUUUAAAGAAUGCGCGCAAGCGGAAUCCCUCGUCAUAA